AUAAAAGACAUCACAACUGCAGUAGACAUCAUUGAACAGCAGUGCUCGUUACAGUUUACAUCUCCACCAGAUGGCAUUCAUGAAGGUUGUGAUAUUCAUCGCUCUGCUAGCAGUCAGCUAUGCAGCUCCUGGCUACGAGAUUAAUUCCUAUGGUCACUAUGGUCCUGUGGCUGCAAUAGCUCAUGCCCCUACAGUGAGCUAUUCUCAUGCCCCUACAGUGAGCUAUUCUCAUGCCCCUACGUUGAGCUAUUCUCAUGCCCCUACGUUGAGCUAUUCUCAUGCCCCUGCAAUUGCACAUGCUCCCGUGGAACUGGAACAUCACGCUCCGGCUAAUUACGAGUUCAGUUACGGAGUUAAAGAUGGCCAUACCCACGACAUUAAGGAACAGGCCGAGAAGCGAGUUGGAGACAAAGUUGAUGGUUACUACAGCCUUGUUGAACCUGAUGGCACCACCCGAACUGUACACUACACCGCUGACGAUCACAACGGAUUCAACGCUGUUGUCAGCAAGUCCGGACACGAAGUUCAUCCAGCCACGGCAGUGAACGCAGCAGCAGUUGGUCUCAGCUACCCAAAAGCAACCCCUCUCGUCACGUAUCCUGCUGUCCCCAGCUACUCUCACGUAGCUCCCGCGGUGAGCUACAGUAACGCACUGGGACACGGAUAUUCUGCAGGCGGACUAGGACAUGGACCCAGUCUGGGACACGGUUAUGGAGGGUAUCAUUAACUUCAACAUUAUCAGGUCAUGAUAACUGCAUCGGAAAUAAUUUCACAAGCAUUUUGAAUUUCAUAUACAUACGUAUUUCAAUGACAAAUUAUUAUUCUAUAAUCCUGGAAAUUUCUACGUGUCACUGGCUAUGGGCUGGAUAAGCGGGGAUCAAUUCUCGGCAGAAGCAAGAAUAUACUCUUCUCUUCGGCACCGAAUCCAUAUUGGUUGUAGGUUGCAGUUUCCUAUCUAUUUGGUACUGGAUUCUUUCGGGGUGGGGGGAAGAUCUUCAUCCACUGCCGAGGUUAAUGAGUGGAACUUAAUCUCUACUCCUCGGAACUUCAUAGCAUGGGUCUUAAUUAAACAUCACCACUCUGACUGUAUUCAUUCAAACGCUUCAACUUAAUAUGAAAUACACAGCUCAACUUUCUCUUUAUACACUUAAAAUUCCCACACAUGUUACAUACAAUCCCUUGAAUGCAUCCUGAUUUCACAAAACCUUUAAUUUUCCACGUGCAUGUUAAAUUUUAUAACACAUCAUGAUUUGUGAAAAAUAGUUAAUAGCAUGAGUAAUGUAUUUUUCAUAUAAACUUGCAGUUUUGUUACUUAUGCCGCUGUUAUAUUGAUGGUGUUAUAAAUAAAAUAAUAUUACCAGAU